AUGCAGGCGCGGUCGAACGGCGUGGACGUCGAGCAUACAUUUCUUUGCGUGCCGAUAUCGACGCUGGACGCCGUCGGCGGGGAUGAGCGCGCGGAGAGCGAGCGCGGAGAGGACGACGCGACGAAGCACGAGGUUCGGGCGUACAAGCUCGGCAAGAAGAAGCGAAGCUACAACCAAGUCGAGCUGUCGUUUGAACGGCUGGGAAAAAAUUUGGAGCGCGCGCGCGGGGAUGCCGAGGCUGAUAAUCCCGGGGUCAGGGUGUUCGAGGCCACGGAGACGGCGUUCAAAGCAGAUGUUCCGGUGCAGUUCAGGGACUCCGCCCUCGAGUACGAGCUUAAACUGUAUAAUGGCGUCGUCGCGCGCGCAGUCGUGUACUUGGUGUACUCGGAGCCGCAGCGCGAGCGAGAUGCGAACGGGAAGAAGGGCCUGAGUGACGGUCGAGGGUACACGUGGGUGCCCGUGAUGCGACAAACGUGUGCUAAGGGUUGCGAGGGCCCGAUUUUGAGCGCGAUUCAGAGGUUUGGGAAGCAAGGCCGAACGCAAAAGAGCGCGGCUCAGCAAGACUCGGCACCCGUCGCGAAACCGCAGGCGGAGGACAAGUGGAAGGAUACGCGUAACCUCUUCAUCUCGAUCGAUGAAGCAAGCAACCACGUGUGUACGCUUGGCCCGAACAAGUGCAAGACGUUUCGUUUGUUGUUCGGCGUCUUCGAGCGCGAUUCGCAACAGCUUUUGGGAAGCGGCGUAUCUGGUCCGAUUCGCGUACUGGCCAACAACGACGUGCCCAAGGGCGCUGCAGCGAUGCGUGUGCGUUGUGGGCUGAGCGAGUCAUGGACUGGUUGGGAGCAAAACGCGAUGAAGAACGAGGAAGAGUUGCGCGAGCACUUCAAGGCGAUGUGCCCACCGCCGCCUGGUAAACCGAGUCUGGAUAAGGCGCGCGAUCGACGCUCCGAGGAUGCCUCCCAGCAGACUACCCGAAAACCUCUGCAAAACAAUACCAACACAGUCAGGCAGGGUGCGGCGGGCAAGCGAACGGCGAUGCCUGUGCCAGCGCAAUCAAAGCGCGCUAAGAUGUCCGGUGCCACAAAGUCUAAGCGCAACACUGUGCCCGUCCCUUACGAGGCACUUGGAUUUGGGUUUGAUCCAUCAAUGCAAGAGGCGAUGGGCAUGCCCGCGCCCGAAUCCCAAGAUCAAGACCUACCGUUCAACUUCAUCAUGGGUUCGCCGCUCGGAACACCUCCGGAUGAGCAGCGUGCUGUGCCUGCGUUUGCUGGUAUCUUCGGCACUCCUGAAUAUCUCGGUGCUCCGGAAAUCAUGAACGACGCGCUCAACACGUCGGAUCUACCGAAUGUGUGCACUCCCGGCGCUGCGAGAACCGCCGCGCAGGAUGCCAUGGCUAUGCCGCCUCCGACGACGGGCAUGGGUGGCGCCUUCAGAUUCACUCCAGCCUUGCUUCCGAACAUCACCUCCUCAGGAAGUCUCCCGUCGCUUUUGGGUCUCGAUUCCCUCGGUACCAUGACGUUUGGGAAAACGCCAGCCGAUUUCAGAAAGAAGACGGAAUCAAAGGUUUUUACGCGCUCGACGCGGAAAGUUGUGGCGACGGGGGAGCCGACGCCUACGACGCAGUUCCUGAAUUCAAUUUUUGCAUCCGCACAGGCCGCAUCCACGCGGCGCACGACCCGCAGCAAUUCUGAGGCAAAACCUGCGCUGCAGCGCGACAAUGCGGACGUUUUGACCGACACCGAGGCGAAGAAUGCGAGUGUGCGGGCCGAAGUGGAGCCAUCGACAGCUGUCGCUCCGGCGCACGGAGCGGAAGCAACUGACGUGGCGCCACAGGUUGCCCCAGCCCGCGUCGCUCGCAGUUUACAGGUCUCGCCGAGUGGUGUUGCCCCUGUUCGUUUGUUCUUCGCGUCGCCUGUCGGCCGAGGUGGGGAGCCUCUGGAAGGUAGCGACGAAGAGGACGAUGCUAUCGGAUUCGCGUCUCCGAACGCGAGGAACACUGUGUCGGGAGCGAAUGGUUUGCAGAGCCAUAAUCGUCGAAAUACGCGCAACGCACAGAAAAUCCGACUACCCAGAAUGGCUUCCGUUCCUGAAAUCGUCGACGAUGCGGCUGAGAAAGCGAACGAUCGAGCGGCCAAGGCUGCACGGUUGUCGGGUCACUUUCGCCCAGUGAAAGUUCCUCCUCCCCCGAAGCACGUUGCUUCGGAUCCAGAAAGCAUCAAGCGUAAAACGAGAAACUUAGUGCACUUUAGCAACGACGUGAACUUCGAGAACGCUCCCAGCACGUCGAAACGAUGUGAGAUGGAUGAGCGCGAAGCGUUAGAUGUCGACAACUCCUUGCGUUCGCCGGGAUGGCCGCAACGGAAUCGAAGAGCUGUGAACAAGCACGCGAGCGGCAAAGACGAGAGCUCAACGCCUGGAUUCAUGGCAGCUCUCAAGAAAUCCGUGAACCGAACCAUCGGUGCCUAG